AUGAACGCAGUGAAUCGCAUGCUGCAACUUGUUUCUGAGUAUCUACCACUUGGUCGAGACGAAUGGGAACGCCUCGCUACGGCCUACAACGGGAGUCGAGGUCGAGGCUGGGCUGAGCGCGAUUUCGAGAGCUUGCGCCGAAAUUUCAAGCAGCUUUACUGUACCCGCAAGCCCACCGGCGUUUCGACGAUGCCGCCCCACAUCGAGAGGGCGAAGAAGCUCAAACAAGCGAUCGACGAGAAGGCGAACGUUGUUGAGAUGGACGACGAGGCUGACGCUGAUCCAGACCAAGAUGGAACCAGCAAUCAGCCCGACUUCUGCUUCGAGUACGAUCCGGACGAAAGCCUCUCAGACCAGGACGGAGAUGGGGGCGUGGUGCGCGUCGGUGGCCACGCAUCUGGCGCUACUGCUGCUGGA